AUGUCGGGAAACAUUCCAGGCCCUAGCAAGGCCUUGGAGAUUCAAGUGCCAUGCAUCGUCUUUUUGGUAGUUACGCCAGCUUUUGUGGCGAUCAGGCUAUGGUCCCGAAUAAAGUCUAAGUCAGGUCUAGGAUGGGAUGACUGGAGUAUUUUGACAUCCUGUGUGUUUGCAGUCAAUGUCAUGGCCUUUAUGCUGGCAUCCUGUGCCUAUGGCUUUGGCCAACAUAUAGCAAAUCUCACAGAGCAAAAUCGAAUAAUGACGCUGAAGCUUUUCUUUGUUAGUCAAGCUUUCUACAAGCUCACUUUGAACAUUACCAAGAUGUCUAUUUUGAUGUUAUAUCUACGCAUCUUCAUCCAGAGCUGGUUCCGCAUUAUAUGCUUUGUGCUGUUAGCUAUCAUCGCCUCCUAUAUGCUCGCGGCAUUCUUCGCCUCCGUAUUCCAAUGCACACCAGUAGCACGAGCUUGGGACAAGACUAUUUCAGGGUCAUGUAUUGACAUCACCACCAAUUGGUAUGCUAACGCUGGUUUCUCCAUAUCAACCGACAUUAUUAUAUUAGCACUACCGAUGUAUCCGAUUUACAAUUCUAAGAUGAUACUCAAUCGAAAAAUUGCUCUGAUGGGAGUGUUUGCCCUCGGCGCCUUUGUCGCCGUGACAAGUAUUAUUCGGAUGCAGACUCUCGACGCUUCGUCUACCACUUCUGACACUACCUAUGAUAUUGCCUCCUCAGUAUGGACAAUUGUCGAGGAAAAUAUGGCCAUCAUCUGUGCCUGCCUUCCAAUGAUGUGGGCGCCACUUACUAGGCUCUUCCCUUUUAUAUUCCCAUCUUCGCACCGAGGGACAGAUACCGGUGGUAGCUCAGACUUUCGAGGCUCAAGGCGCAACACUACCUCGCACUCUCGAAACAACUGGAAUCAACUUCGUGCAACCCGUGAUGGGGAGAGCAGCAUCAGUUUGGACCCGAUCAGCGAUCUCCCAGCCCGCACUUCGGAGGAUAGCACAGGGAAUAUCCUACCACAUAGCCGGGGUGAAGAAGGCAUUUAUCACGAUGGGAAGGGCAUUAUAAAGGUCCCAGCAUAUCAAGGUUCUUCACCAUGA